CACUUGUAGCAGACAGACAGCAACUGGUGUUUUCUAAGGGAGGCGUCAUAUCAGCAGUGACAUUGAUAAGGAUGUGUGAAUCUGUUUGGCCAGUCAUCGUUCUGCUGAGUCACCUGUUCAGCUCAGCCAUCUCGCUCCCUGUUUCCAUUUACACACCUCCUCCACCUCUUCCAUCUCAAAUCUGGCCUCCGUCAUCAUCUUCAGCCCCAUCCCCCUCCCUCAGUGUCCUGCAGCCCACCCCUCCUUCCCUCAGCCCCUGCCUCCUGAUGAUCUCCCCUUCCUCUCUGGUCGUCAGGUUUGGUGAUCCAGUCAAGGCCAACUGCUCUCUAUCUCAGAUGGACUUUUAUCUACUGGGCUGGGAAAACUUACAGAGAGCUCCUCAACCUACUCAGGGUAAUUUUCUGGUCUGGAGUGAAGACAGGGUGACUGAGUGGAGCAUCAAACCCAUGUGCUAUGCACUGUCUGAUCACGGAGGUCCAUGUCAACUGCACCUCCCUGUGACCGUCUACAAGCCUCCAGAAAAAGUUUCCAUCAGCUUUGUAAAUCACACUGGGCCGAUGUUUGAGGGCCAUCAGUACACUCUGCAGUGUACGGUUUGGGAUGUUGCUCCGGUUAAAAACCUUAUUGUGAGGUUUUUCAGAGGCGAGACAGAACUGGUUCAGCUUAAGUCCAUUAAUAACACAGGGCAGAAACCAGCGACUGAGACCUUCACCCUGGACAUCAGUCCCAGUAAAGACGAUAAUGGAGCUCAGUACUGGUGUGAGGCCAAACUAGACCUGGGACCCGGAGGACCAGAGAGUCCUCCAAUGGCGAAGUCAGAAAACAUCACUGCAACACUCCUCUUCGGCCCACAGAUUCUUUGUCCUGCUAAACUUCAGGUGAGAGAGGGGGAGAGGCUGAGCUGUGAGGUGAGGGGAAACCCUCCACCAUUGGUCACCUGGAUGAGAGACGGCCUCAAGACUGCCCCGCCCACCCACUCAACCACUAAGCAUGCAGGGAAAUACACAGUGCUGGCAAUAGGACAUGUUGGACAGAAAUACCAUACAGUAGAGGUGGAGGUCAUCACCGGCAGUGGGACUUCACACUGCUCCAGUAGAGCCGUCGUGCUGAUUCUUCUGUUUAUUCAGAUGAAGAUUUGGCUGUAAAAAUACAGACCGUUAGUCUCAUCCAUCUCAUCUUGACUCCUCCUGCUGUGAGAAAUGAUUAUUAGAGCGGAUGUUAUUAGAUCUCACUAGAACAAGAUUGAUUUCCUGUUUUGAGAUAUUGUGUCCAGGUACAUUUUGAUAUAUUUUCAGUCUCCAAGUUAACUACUCAAGAUACAACUACCAGUCUUCAACAUAUUGUCUCCAGUCUGUGCUUUCUUCAAUGUUUAUGUUUUGUUAAAAUAAGAUUUCUAUAAAUUGCUAAACAGUGUUA